ACUCCUCGCGGAUCAAUAUAACAUUAAUAUCAUUUUUCCCCCGUAUUUUGUUGUUUUAUUUAGUAGCAAUUUUGUAACUUAUCGGACGAGUACUGAACUAAAGUACUGUGUUAGUGUCGUAUGGAUGGUGAAUAAUGGGGACAAUUUCUUGUUUUUCAUGAUGCUAUGAAUAAAUAUCUAAUCAUUGGCAGUCAUGCAUAAACAUUAUCCUAUCCUUCGCGUUGAUAAACAUUUCACAUCAAAGAUUGGUAAAAUCAAUGAAGAUGUUGAGAAAUUUGUGACUGAUCUUAGCGGAUGGCAAGUCGAAUUACGUAUCCUAUGCAGAAGUCAACAAAAAAGUGCUGGCAGACGUGAACGCUACUUAAUUCGUUCAAUUUGUGUUCUUCAUCAGUGUCUUGUAUUUUGUUGUAUCUUGUUGGACAAGGUAAAGACAUUAUUGUCUGAUAAAGGCAAACUCACUUAUGAAAAGAUAAAUCAACUAAAUAAUCUAAAAGUAGAUCUCAACAAUUUAACCAAGCUUCUCAAUGAAACAAAUCUUAACUACAACAAUUGUUGUGGCAUCAAGCAAGAAAUAAGAGAUGAUGAGAAUCUUGAAAAUCUUACAAAUGCUAUGGACAAAAUAAAAAGUACCAUUUCCAAUCUAAACCAUCCUGAGAUAAAUGAUCUCUUUGACUUGAAUAUCACCCCAGAAAAUAUUCUGUGCUCAGUGCUUGGUUUGAAAGUUGAGUUUGGUUUCAGGCUUUCCAAACUAAGUCCUCACAUGAGAGAACACAGGAGUGAAAAGGAAAAUUUGCUAAGGUUCUUGAAGGAGUUUGACGAAGAAGACAGCAUAGAAAAUCUCAGAGAUAGUAAGAAGGUUGCUAAAAUCUUGUGCAAGAUUGGUUUUACAAAGCCUCGAUCUCAAUUUAUUGCUAAGUGGAUAACCAGCAUGCCAGAUCCGAAUCACAAACCAAUUUUAUCCUGGGUGGAAACUUACAUUGAAAAUCAUUUUAAGUAUGAUAUCUUGUUAAAUGAUCAAGUUUCGUAUUUUCCUUUCAAAGAUGAUAUUCAAAAUGAAUUGUUUACUGAGUAUUUCUCACGUUUUGAUGAAGACGGAAAACAUAGUCAUCCUGUAAACAUGAUCAAUUUUGACUUGCAAGAAGAUGCUAUAUGCCAUGUUGAAUCAGAAGUUGCGAAACUAAAUAAAAAGAAUCCUGAGACAAAAGUGUAUUUCCAUUCUACUGAUCACAAAAGUGCUGUUGAUAUUCUGGAAGACAGAAUUGAGCUCGGUUUUGGUCGAGACAAAUCAGACUUCUCUGAUGGAGAAGGGUUCUACAUGGUAAAUGACGCAAAGUUCUCAUUAGAGCAAUAUGGAUUGAGCAGUACACAUGCAGCUAUUAUCAUGUUUGAUGUGAGUCCUCAAAAACUGAGCAAGUUUAAUGGAAUUGAUUUAUCCAGUGCUGAAAAAGAAGAAGAUUGGAAAUUGAUUGUUGAGUAUUUUCGCUCAAGUAGCCCAGGUAUUGGUAAUUUAUCUAACAAUUUGUUCUCACACAUAAGACAAUGUGAUUUCAUCAGAGGGCCUGUUUCUAUAAACGGUUCUAUUAAAAAUAACACAUUAUAUCAAGGUGUUGAACAAAUUUGCAUAAAGAAACGAGAAUUGGCCAACCAAAUUGGGCAUCCAUCAUCAAUUUUAGGCGUGAUUUUUCUUGAAGCUCCAUAAAUGAAUACAAUAACACACAAGGAAUUCAUCUAAAUUUUUUUGUCUUGUAGCGUAUGUAAAAUACUGCAUUUAAAACUGUUCUAAAUGUAGAAAGAACCAUUCACUAUAUUAUCGUAAAAAUAACCAUUCACUAUAUAAUAGUGUGAAAUGCAAGCACUUGAAAACGCAUCUUGUUUCAAAAACGGAAACUUUCAAGGACAUACUUCUUUACAUCUUGUGUAGCUAAUUGACAAUUAAUUAAUGUAGCCAUUAUUAGUAACCUUACUUUGAACUUUUGAAUGUAAAAAUAUGUAUUUAUUUUUUUAUUUAUGUCAUUAUUAACUUUGAAUGGAAUGAUAAUUUUUAAUGUAAUCAGUUUUAACAGUGUUUUUAACAUCAAA